AUGGACGUGACGAGCCGAUCGAGCGGCGGCGGGGACCCCAACGCCCUGCCCGAGGGCGUGUUGCCUACACCGGCGCGCAUGGUCUACGUGUCCGAGAAGCAUCCACGCAUCACCCUGGAGGCCAUCAGCGUGCUCCGGCGACACCGCAAGUUCUGCGAUGUCGUGCUGGUGGUGGGCAGCCGCAAGAUCAACGCGCACCGCGUGGUGCUGGCGGCGUGCUCCCCCUACUUCCACGCCAUGUUCACGGGCGAGCUGGCCGAGUCACGGCAGGAUGAGGUGUCCAUCCGUGACGUCGACGAGACGGCCAUGGAGCUGCUCGUUGACUUUGCCUACACGGCACAGAUCACGGUGGAGGAGUGCAACGUGCAGGCCCUGCUGCCGGCCGCCUGCCUGCUGCAGCUCGCCGAGAUCCAGGACACCUGCUGCGAGUUCCUGAAGCGGCAGCUCGACCCCUCCAACUGCCUGGGAAUCCGGGCCUUCGCCGAUACGCACGCGUGCCGAGACCUGCAGCGCACCGCCGACAAGUUCACGCAGCACAACUUCCAGGAGGUAAUGGAGAGUGAAGAGUUCAUGCUGCUUCCUGCCAACCAGCUCAUCGACAUCAUAUCCACCGAUGAGCUAAACGUGCGCAGCGAGGAGCAGGUGUACAGCGCCGUCAUCGCCUGGGUCAAAUACAACAUCCAGGAGCGCCGGCCACAGCUACCCCAGGUGCUGCAACACGUCCGUCUGCCCCUGCUCACACCCAAGUUCCUGGUGGGCACAGUGGGGACGGACCUUCUGGUGAAGAGUGACGAGGCAUGCAGAGACCUCGUGGAUGAAGCCAAGAACUAUUUGCUUCUGCCCCAAGAAAGACCACUCAUGCAGGGCCCCCGCACGAAACCCCGCAAGCCCAUCCGCUGCGGGGAAGUGCUCUUCGCAGUGGGUGGCUGGUGCAGCGGCGACGCCAUCUCCAGCGUGGAGCGCUACGACCCGCAGACCAACGAGUGGCGCAUGGUGGCCUCCAUGAGUAAGCGGCGCUGCGGCGUGGGGGUGGCCGUGCUCGAUGACCUCCUCUAUGCCGUGGGCGGUUACGAUGGAUCCUCCUACCUCAACAGUGUGGAGCGCUACGACCCCAAGACGAACCAGUGGAGCAGCGACGUGGCGCCCAUCAGCACGUGCCGCUCCUGCGUCGGCGUGGCUGUGCUCGCCGGAUUCCUGUACGCCGUCGGCGGGAAGGACGGAGUGAACUGCCUAAAUAUUGUCGAGAGAUAUGACCCCAAGGAGAACAAGUGGAGCCGGGUAGCAUCUAUGAGCACGCGGAGACUCGGGAUGGCUGUGGCUGUCCUCGGGGGACACCUGUAUGCAGUCGGGGGCUUUGACGGGACAUCGCCUCUCGACACUGUGGAGCGAUACAGCCCCGCCGAUAACCGGUGGGCGCCGGUGCCGCCAAUGGGCACUAGGCGCGAGUACCCGGGCUGCGCUGUUUACCAGGACUGCCUGUACGCGGUGGGUGGACGCGACGACACCACCGAGCUGAGCUCGGCGGAGCGCUACUGCCCCCGCGAAAACACGUGGAGCCCGAUCGCCGCCAUGAACACGCGUCGGAACGCAGUGGGCCUAGCCGUGGUGAAUGGACAGCUCAUGGCCGUCGGAGGGUUUCAUAGAGCCACCUACCUCAAAACCAUCGAGGUGUACGACGCAGAGGCCAACACGUGGAGGUUGUGUGGAGCCAUGAACUACCGCCGCUUUGGAUUAGGGGUUGGAGUGGUUAAAAUGACGCAGUGUGAAUCGCACAUUUGGUAG